AUGAGCAAGAUGAGUGUGGACGUGCUGUGGCUGGCUGCGCUGGCUCUGUCUCUUCCUGCACUCUCUCUGAGUGAUCCACUGUUCAUUCUGACCGCGCCAAACCUUUUGCGAGUGGGCAGCAAAGAGAGUGUGUUUGUGGAGGCGCAGGAGUACAUGGGAGAGAGCUUCAAUGUAGAAAUCAUGGUGAAGAACUUCCCAGCCAAAACCCGGGAGAUCUUCUCCAAAACUGUGACCCUGAGUGCUGAGAACAACUUCCAGGCUCUGCAGGAAAUCCUGAUCCCAGAUGAUGAUCUUUCUUUUCACAAAGAGUCACGACUCCAACAGUACAUCUGUCUGCAAGCAAAGUUUCCCCAGCGUCAGCUGGAGAAAGUCGUUCUUCUCUCUUUCCAGUCAGGGUACAUAUUUGUGCAGACAGAUAAGACCAUCUACACUCCAGCAAGUACUGUUCGUUACAGGGUCUUUGCUUUGAACCCUGGCUUGGAGCCAAUCACAGCUGGUGUUUCUGUGGAAAUCAUGACUCCUGAUGGAAUCACAAUUCAGAAAGACACUGUGCAUCCAGACCGUGGGAUAAUAUCUGGACAGUACCAACUCCCAGAGAUUGUCAGGUUUGUACUGUCAAAGGCAACACAUGUUGCUCACAUCCCACCCCCCCCCUACCUACUGCCACGACCUCUCACCUCUGACCUUCUCUUGGUUUACAGUAUAGGGACCUGGAAGGUGGUGUCAAGAUUCCAACAAACCCCACAGAAGAAUUUUACAGCUGCCUUUGAGGUGAAGGAAUAUGUGCUGCCCAGUUUUGAGGUCACGCUAACACCAGAACAGGAUUUUUUCUACACCAACGAUACUGAACUGUCUGUCGAAAUAAGGGCCAGGUACCUCUAUGGGAUGGAUGUGAUGGGGAAGGCUUUUGUGGUGUUUGGAUUGCUGACCGAAGGAGAGAAGAAGAGUUUUCCUGCCUCUCUGCAGAUUGUGGAUGUCAUAGCAGGAAGGGGCAAGGCCACGCUGAGAAGAGAGCAUAUUCUGAAAUCCUUCCCCGAUAUCAACCAACUCCUCCAGUUGCCCUUAUAUGUGUCUGCCAGUGUCCAAACAAGCAGUGGCAGUGAAAUGGUGGAGGCAGAGAAGAGGGGAGUCCUGAUAGUGACCUCACCCUACAGCAUCCACUUCCACAAGACUCCCACCUACUUUAAACCAGGGAUGCCAUUUGAUGUCAUGGUUUACGUCACAAACCCAAAUGGCAGCCCCGCCAUAGACAUUGAGGUGGAGGUGACACCAGGGCCAGUUGUGGGCAGGACGAAGCAAAACGGUGUCACCAAGUUAACCAUCAACACCCAGGAGGAGGCUACCCAUCUGCCAAUCACUGUGAGGACAAAGGCCCAUGGCAUACCUCAGGAGCAGCAGGCUGAAGAGAGCAUGACAGCCCUACCGUACAAGACGCAGGGCGGCUCCAAGAACUACCUGCACAUCAGCAUCCAGGAAGCUGAGCUGGAGAUUGGACACAAUUUGAGCAUAAGCCUCAGUCUGAAAAACAGCCCAGAUGUUCAGGAUCGGAUCCAACACCUCACUUACCUGAUAAUGAGCAAAGGGCAACUUGUCCGUGCAGAGAGGUAUCAAAGACUGAAAGAACUGUCACUGGUGACGAUAUCGCUCCCAGUAACCAAGGACAUGAUCCCCUCCUUCCGCUUGGUGGCGUACUACCAUGUGGGAACAGAGGUGGUGUCAGACUCUGUUUGGGUCGAAGUGAAGGACAACUGCAUGGGAACGCUCACUGUUUCCCCCACUAGACCAAAGGAUGUUUAUGAACCUCACCAGCCCUUCAGUUUGACCAUCACCGGUGACCCAGGUGCAAAAGUGGGACUUGUGGCCGUGGACAAAGGAGUUUACGUCCUCAACAGUCAGCAUAGAUUGACACAAACAAAGAUCUGGGAUGUCAUUGAAAAGCACGACAUUGGCUGUACGGCUGGAAGUGGCGCAGACAGCAUGGCAGUUUUCUAUGACGCUGGACUGGUGUUUGAAUCCAGUCUUGGUGGAACUAUACCCAGAACAGACCCCCAAUGCCCUGCUCACCCUAAGGCUCGCAGACGGCGCUCACUCUCACUGAUCGACCUGAAAACGUCACUAGCAAGUAAUUACUCUGGGUUGGCGAAGCAGUGUUGUCAGGAUGGAAUGGUGGAGAGUCUGAUGGGCUACACAUGUGAGCGGCGCUCCCAGUUCAUCAUCGACGGAGAAGAGUGCGUGAAAGCCUUCCUGCACUGCUGUUCAGAGGUGGACCAGAAACACGACGAGGCCAAAACGGAGCAGCUCCUCCUGGCACGCAGUGAUGAAGUAGAUCACUACAUCAGCAGUGAUGACAUUGUGGCCUGCACGCAGUUCUUUGAGAGCUGGCUAUGGGAGGAGAUGACACUGCCAGAGUGUCCCCUAGACCGGACACAAUGUGUGUCCACGUCAGUAAGAAAAGACAGUUUUCUGAAGGACUCCGUCACAACCUGGAAAGUCACUGCCAUCAGCCUGUCCAAAACUAACGGAAUCUGCGUGGCAGAUGCCAUUGAAAUGAAGGUGAUGAAAGAUUUCUUCAUUGAUCUGAAGCUGCCCUAUGCUGCAGUACGAAAUGAGCAGUUGGAAAUCAAAGCUGUGCUAUACAAUUACCUUGAAGAGGCAAUAAUGGUUCGGGUGGAGCUGAUGGAGACAGAGGAAGUGUGCAGUGUUGCCAGCAAGAAGAGGAAGUAUCGCAUGGAUGGUAUUGAAAUGGAUCCCAUGUCCUCGCGUGCUGUCCCCUUUGUCAUCAUCCCUAUGACCCCUGGACAGCACUCCAUUGAGGUCAAGGCUUCCGUUUUCGACUCCAGCCUUGCUGAUGGUGUCAAGAAGUCCCUUCACGUGGUGGCUGAAGGAGUGAAAACCAUAAAGCAUGGUGUAACUGUGGUACUGAGGCCAUCUGACCAUGGUGGUGUCCAGUCACAGAAAAUUGACAGAGUGAAGCUGUCCUCCCAGGUGCCAGGCUCACCUUCACAGACUUACAUCAGCGUGAAAGCUGAGGUUCUGAGUCAGACCAUUCAAGCCGCCAUCAGCGGCCAACCCAUGGGAAGCCUCAUAACCCAGCCCACAGGCUGCGGCGAGCAGAACAUGAUCACCAUGACCAAACCUGUUGUCGCCACACACUACCUGGAUAGAACUGGCCAGUGGGACAAAGUGGGGGUAGAUCGCCGUGCCAAAGCCAUCAAAUACAUCACAAAGGGGUACACACAACAGCUGGCAUAUCGCAAAGCUGACGGCUCUUACAGCAUUUGGACUGAUACAAAACCCAGCACCUGGCUGACAGCAUACGUGACCAAAGUGUUCAGCAUGGCAUACAGUCUCAUCAGCAUCCAGGAGGAUGUGCUCUGCAGCACCCUCAAGUGGCUGGUCCUGAAGGCACAGCACGUGGAUGGACUUUUCAAAGAGGAUGCCCCAGUUAACCAUGAAGAGAUGGUGGGUGGUGUGCGUGGGAAAGACGCUGACGCAUCACUGACUGCGUUUGUCCUGAUUGCCAUGCAGGAAUCGUAUGUCAUCUGUGCGGAGAGAGUAAAUAGCUUGCCUGACAGCAUGAAGAAAGCUAGCAAGUUCCUCUUACGCAGAAUCCACAGCCUGACCAACCCCUACGCCGUGGCCAUAACCUCCUACGCCCUGGCCCUCGAGGGGAAGCACCAGCUGCCCAUCCUGCUCCGCUUCGCAUCCACUGACAGAACGCAUUGGCCGGUCCCUGGAGGUCACCGUUUCACCCUGGAGGCCACAGGUUAUGCUCUGAUGGCUCUGGUCAAGGCUAAGGAGUUUGACCAGGCUGGUAGCGUGGUGAAAUGGUUGACUGAGCAGAGGUUCCACAGUGGGAGGCACGAUUCCACCCAGGCCACCAUCAUAGUGUUCCAGGCUGUGGCUGAGUACAUGACAGAGGUGCCUGACCUGAAGGAUGUCGACCUACAUGUGAGCAUCAACAUCAGUGGCCGCAGCCAGCCCCUCAAGUGGACCUUCAACAACGAGAACGCUUACGUCACUCGCUCAGCGAAGACUCGGACUGACCAAGACCUGCAAAUCACUGCCGAAGGAUCUGGCCAGGGGACCCUGUCAGUGGUGACCUUAUACCACGCUUUGCCAGAGGAAAAGGACACAGACUGCAAGAACUUUGACCUGCAGGUGAAGAUUGAGGAGGAGUCAGAAGUAGGCGAUGAGAAUGCCCUGGAAACAUACAAGCUCAUAAUUGAUAUGAGGUACCUGUCUCCAGACAGAGAUGCCGCCAUGUCUGUGCUGGAUAUUACAAUGCUCACAGGAUUCGUUGCAGACAAGACAGACCUUGCAAGGUUAACCUCCGGAAGAGACCGGUACGUCCAGAAGAUUGAAAUGGACAAAAGGUUGUCUGACAAGGGCUCCCUCCUUUUCUACCUGGAUAAGGUCUCUCACAAGCUGUCUGACAGAGUGGUCUUCAGGAUACACAAGAUGACCGAAGUGGGGCUGCUUCAACCAGCUGCUGUCACCCUGUACGAGUACUAUGCUACUGAAAACCGCUGCAUGAAGUUUUACCACCCGCAGAAGACAGAUGGAGCCCUGAACAGGAUCUGCCAUGAGGAGGUGUGCCGGUGUGCGGAAGAGAACUGCAGUUACCAGAGGAAAAAUACAGCCAACGAUUGGGACCGCUUGAAUUCAGCCUGCGAAGCUGGUAUGGACUACGUUUACAAAGCCACAGUGGUCCAUGCUGAUCUGACUCCUGCAUUAGACCACUUCACAAUUCAGGUAGAUGAAGUCAUCAAAGAAGGCACUGACACUGGUGUGGGUGGGAAAGGGCGUAUAUUUAUGGCCCAUCCCUAUUGCAGAGAUGCAAUAGAUCUGAGAGAAGGAAGUACCUACCUGAUCAUGGGUAAAUUUAAGGACUUUGUCGAAGGAAAGGACAGGUUGCUGUACAUGUUGGGUGGAGGCACCUGGAUUGAGUACUGGCCCACGGAGGCAGAGUGCCAGGAACCUGCAUACAACAAGACCUGCAAUGACAUCAUUUCUGCUGCAGAAGAGCUCCAAACCUUUGGAUGUCGCACUUAAACCUGUACCAAUGUGCUUAAUUCCUUGUUUUCUGUCAAUUAUUUUAUGUUUAAUGGAAACAAUUUAUGUGCACUAAAUGUGUAUUGCAGUUGCACUUCCACAUUCAAGUUGACAUUAGUCCUAAAAAAUUUUCACCAGAGCAUGUGAGGUAAAUAAACUGACAAACAUGCCAGCAACACA